GAGCAUAUUCUUAUAAGCUACAAAUCGUAUAUUAUAAUCGCUCUUUAUAAAAAAAUCGCUCGAUAGCGCGCCGUUAGUUUAAUUUGUGGUAUGGUUAUCUCAGAACAGAUUUAAUAUUACAUGUUGCAUUCUACCUGACUGCGAAAUCGUUUAUGUAUUAGGGAAAUAUAUAACAAAAUUUCUUUUGUUGUCAAAAUGGAUAACACGUUUACACUUGCUUCCGCUGGGGAUUUUGUGGCGGUUGACCUUUACCAAUCCGCUAAUUGUUUGUACAGUGGAGCCGGCAGUUAUGUUCUAUCUCCAUUAAGUAUUCUGUACGCCGGAGCCCUGUUGUAUUUUGGUGCUAAUGGUCCAACAAAGGAUAACCUCAACACUGCGCUGCACUUCCGUACAGCAUUCGGCAACAAGAGCGACAUUUUAAAGGGAGUUUUUGAAAACACCAUUAAAAAUCUUCCGGAAAUUGGCCAGUUAAAUGACGAUCCCAGCUCUAAUAUGACAACGAAUAGGCCGCAUAUCGGCGUUAAAGCGCCAACGGAAGUUGCUUUAAUUAAUGGCGCAUUCUUCCAACAGUCGUUUCGGGCAAAGCCGGCUUUUGCUCAGGAUGUCAGCAGUAUUUUGCAUGGGAAAAUCUAUGAUGCUGAUUUUAGCGCCAAAAAUGUUAAACAGGCGCAACAGUUUAUCAACAAUUGGGUGACCACUAAUACGUUCGGCCGCAUAAAAAACAUGUUUCCUGACAAGUCGAUCGAAAAGUCCUCCGAUUUCGUACUAGCGAACACGCUGUACUUCCGUGCCGCUUGGCAGUCACAUUUUCCCAUUCCGUCAAUGGAGAAAAAACCCUUUUACCAACUGGGCGGAAACAUCACCAACACCAUCUAUUUAGAAGCACGCCGGGCUAUUCCGUAUGCCGAAGACAAAGUCCUGGACGUGCAGUACAUCGAACUGCCUUAUGCCGAUGAUUUCUACAUGUUAGUAAUUUUACCACGGCAGAAGGACGGCAUUCGCAACUGUGAACACCAGAUCAAUACGCAAACCUUGCGGGAUCUGCGGGCGAAAAUUCCCAUGCUAAAAGCCGCUAAUCAACGACUGGUUAACAUUAUGCUGCCGAAGUUUACGAUUGAAGGAUCCUUCGACCUGAAGAAACUGCUAGCUAAAGCCGGUGUGACCUUUGCAGUCGGACCGGACGCCGAUUUCUCUAACAUGGUUGCAUCUGGAAAGCCUAAAUUGUCGGCUACGUACCAUAAAGUUUUUUUCAGCGUUGACGAAUGGGGCACGGAAGGAGCCGCGGUAUCGGAAGCGCCCCAAGCCAUCCAACUGGCCAGUCAAGCCGCCUGGGUUCCCGAUUACGCUCCUGUGGAUUUCACGGCGGAUCAUCCUUUCUUGUUUGCUGUAUUACAUCGACCAACCGAAUCCAUUCUCUUUGUGGGUCGAUUUGAGACUGUUUAGAAAUUACAACGCUCUGUAUUACUCCACUGGCUGCAUUGUGAAAAUUAAUGGCACUGGUUAAUUGCUAAUCUUGUUAAAACCAAGUGCACUGAUAUACCGAGAAAAUUUAACAGCAAUUAAAACCAU